CGGCUUUCCUGCGCCAGCAGCGGUGUGUCACCGAGGCUGGGCUGCUGCCGGAGAGACCCGGAGUCAGGGCAAACACCCAACCAGUUCACCCAAACUGGCACCGCAGCGGGGCUGAGGGGCUGCCCCGGCGAGUUGUAAACCUGAAUACCGCUUAGGUUGGAUCCUACGCCUCCGUCUGUCACCACCGCCCGUCCUCCUGAUGUCGGAUUUCAAGCUCGGGAUCGUACGGCUCGGCCGUGUGGCCGGGAAGACAAAAUACACACUGAUCGAUGAGCAGGACAUACCACUUGUGGAAAACUAUGCGUUUGAGGCGCGCAUGGAGGUAGAUGCGGAUGGCAAUGGAGCUAAGAUCUUUGCCUACGCUUUCGAUAUCGGCAAAGGCCGCUGGGCAGGGAGGCCUUUGCAUGAGCUGCUCUGGGAGAAGCACAGAGGAGGCAUCGCUCCCAGUUUUCAAGUCAUCCACAUAAACUCUGUGACGGUGGACAACCGACUAGACAAUCUGCGACUGGUGCCAGUGGGCUGGAGCCCCAAGCCGGAGGAGAUUUCCAGCAAACAGAGGGAGCAGUCUUUGUAUUGGCUGGCCAUCCAGCAGGUACCGGCCGACCCUGUGGAGGAGCAGUAUCUGGAGCUGAGCCGCACACGCUACUACAACGCUAACGGGGAGCUGGUGGAGGAAGAGGAGUGCUCCUGCACCUACUAUGAGUGUCAUUAUCCUCCUUGUUCACUCAUUGAGAGGAGGCUCCGGGAGUUCAACAUCUGCGGUCGCUGCCAGGUGGCGCGCUACUGUGGCUCCCAGUGCCAGCAGAGGGACUGGCCUGCCCACAAGAAGCAGUGUCGCGAGCGCAAGCGGGUGCUGGCCCUGGAGUCGGAGCCCGAACGAUGAUCUGCCCUCAUCCUCGCCCGGGAGAGGAGGAGGGAGAACGGGGGGGGAUAGGGUUAGACUUGUGGGUUGGGACACUGGGGCUGAAGUGCAAAACGGGGGAAAUCGCUGACAAGAGACUAACGACAGAGGACAAUGUUGGUUGCUUGAUGGUUUGGAUUCAGGGGGUAAGAAGAUGGAGGAGGGGAAGGGGAAUAAAGCAAAAAGACAUCUGCCACUUCCCAGAACUGGUAAUUCUCCAUAGCUUGCUUGCUGGAUGGCGGGGAAAGGUAUUAUUUUUGUUUUUCAUUAUUUUUCUCGAGGAGGAAGACCCUCGAGCUCUACCUGCUGCUAUGGUUUUGUAUGUGAGGGGGGAAAAAAGUUGUCUUGUUGAUGAACUGGACAAGCUUCUUUGGACCACAAAAUGAACAGUUGUCGUCAUCCACUUUUGUUCCUCCACCCAGCCGCUGGGUUUGGUGACGUCUGUGCAAACGGGGGACCCAGGGGCCGCAGUACCCGUCAUUCAGCCGGUACAAAUGGGACAUGGACCUUUUCACUGUAUUGCUCCCUCUCUGACCUCUCUGGUGCACACGGCUGCUGUCUUCAUGGUCAUCGACACCUUAGCCGCCUCCCUGUCUGCCGUACUCCCCACGCAGCCAACCACCACACACGUCAGAUAGAUUUCACUGAUUGAAUCACACUACCAGUAUUGAGAGUGUGGGGUUGUGUAUGAGUGCGUAUGCUUGUGUAUGUAUGUGUAUGUGCUGCCAAUAUGUACUGAAGGACAUUGAAAUGGUCGACAUGGGUUACGAGCCGGGUUAAUAUAUGUCUUUUCUCUUCUUAAAGGGGCCAUAUUACACAGUUUUAAAUUUCAUAUUUAAUCAAAAAUUGGGUUAAAAUAUUUUCACUGUUCUAUAAUAAAGUAGCUGCCAAAUAAAGGCUUUAAUUUUUUUCUAGAAUUUUCUUUCUUGACCCGUGAGUCAUUUUAUUUUUCUAUAAUUUUUGUUGUUUAAGACAAGGUACAAAGUUUUAAUUACCUGAAGUAACUGGAUUUUUUUUUUUUGCCCUCAAAAUUCUCCAGUUACUAUCUAAAAAACUGUUCUUGGCGUUGGUACAGGCCUUUUUCUCAUGAUCCCACAGAAAUAAAGCUUGUGACGUCAGUCAUGAUGUAAGAAACUGCUUUCUUGUGAUCACAAAAUAUUUAUUUAAUGUUCACAACACGCAAAGUAUCAGUCAAACCUUUCCGAUGAUCACAAGGAAACAGUGUAAGAAAUGGUUUCUACCAAAGUCUACUAUGACCUGUAGUUCGGCACACCGGUUUAAAUCCCUCCAGUCAGUCUUAGUUUGCUGGUUUUUAACAGUCACCUGUCUUCUCAACUGUAUUUUUUGCACCUGCAGGGUUAUGGUAUGUGUGCGUCGGGGUCGGGGAGGGGGUUAGCGCUCAGUUUCUUGUGUGAGAGUUUGCUCUAAGGGUUAUUUUUUUGAAGAAAUUCUAUCAAUGGAGCUAUAUUUAUUUAAAACAUUUGAUUGUGAAACAUGUUUUUUGUCCUGGUGAUAUUUGAAGGCAAACGUUAUUAAAAAAAAAAAAAAAAAAAAAAAAAA